GGCCCACUAGUUGUCAACUCUUGUCAGCAGAGUGACUUGGUUGCCGAGUGAUGUAUUAGUUUUAUUUUUCCAAUUAAUUAAUUGCAUAAAUUGCCGACUCGUCCACUACAGUGAUAGUGACAAGUCAUUAGGCAUCUAACUAUUGAAGCUUUCCAUUCAAAUUCUCCACGUACAUGACAUAACCUAAAAGUUCCUAAUAUUAACAUUCUUAUGUAAAUUUGUGUUUAUUUGAAUUAACAAUGGAUAGUGAAGCAAAAAAUGUGAUUCGUGUUGGUUCGAGGAAGAGUGAGCUGGCUCUCAUACAAACCAACUAUGUAAUUGACUGUUUGAAGAAAUUGCAUCCAGAAAAGGAUUUCACUUUAGUAACCAUGACAACGCUAGGAGACCGCAUUUUGGAUGUAUCUCUACCCAAAAUAGGCGAGAAGUCACUAUUCACAAAGGAUUUGGAAGAUGCCUUAAGAAAUGACACCGUGGACUUUGUAGUACAUUCUUUGAAAGAUUUGCCGACUACCCUGCCCGAUGGACUGGCUAUUGGAGCUGUUUUUGAAAGAGAAGACCCGAGGGAUGCACUGGUUCUCCGCGAAGAGUAUAAAGAACACACGCUAGCAACGUUACCUGAAGGCUCCGUUAUUGGUACGUCAUCCCUCCGUCGCACGGCCCAACUCCGCGGCUCAUACCCGCAGCUAUCCGUGGUAGACGUGAGAGGUAACUUGAACACGCGUCUGCGCAAGCUCGACACUACGGGACAAUAUGCUGCGCUGCUAUUGGCCAGCGCCGGUCUACAGCGGAUGGGAUGGAAGGAUAGAAUAUCUAAGAUCCUGCCGUGUGCUGAGAUGAAGUACGCGGUCGGUCAAGGCGCGUUAGCCGUGGAGUGUCGCGCGGAUAACACAACUAUAUUGAACAUGCUGGCUCCAUUCAACCAUCCCGAGACAUACUGCAGAAUACUGGCGGAAAGAAGCUUUCUUAAGACCUUGGGAGGCGGCUGCAGCGCCCCUGUUGGAGUCUCCACAACCUUAAAACCCGUCGAUACACAGUUCAAACUAUCCAUCACGGGCGCAGUAUGGAGCAUGGACGGAAAAACCAAACUCGAUUGCACCUCCCAGCAAACAUUCACACAAAUAAAACGCACACAAAAACACAAACUCAGCCCCACAGAAGAAAACGAAAGCAAAAAACUCAAAAUUGACAACAAUGAGGCAGAAAACGAAAUUAUACCACCUAAAGUACUUAAAGACACAAUAAAAGAUAACCUUGUUCCUUCAAGUGAUGAGAAAAACGAUGAUAGUGAUAAACGCAUAUUUUGUGGUUUGACAGUCAAUCCUAGCAUACCUAUAGAAGUUAUUAUUAAAUGUGACAACUUAGGACGCGAUUUAGCUAAUUCACUCAUAGAGAAAGGUGCUUUAGAUGUUAUGAAAGUCACACAAGAUUUGAUCAGAAGUUCGACGGCUGCGAAACAAUCAUGAUUAAUAAUAAUAUUUUUGUUAGUAAUGAGGUUGUAUAUUUGUACUUUAGGUAAAGAAAGGUGGCCUUACCAAGUUUUUUAACAUAAAAAAGUGCUUAUUUGGUAAAACAUCCUGUAUUUGGAGGUUCUAUGCCUAUAUGAAUAAAGAAAUAAUGUAAUAAGACCUUUUUUGGUAUGGCUCAAUAAGUACUGCCUCGCAAAUGUGUAAAUAAUAAAAUUGAUGAAAGAAAUCGGUAGUAGGUUGUAAUAUAUAAUUAUAGACACAGUUUCUUAUACAUUUAGUAAUAAAAUAUAUUCAAAGCACCUGUUAAAAUGUAUGCUAGUAUAUAAAACAUAUUUUUUUGUUUAUUUAUUUGUAACAUCUUGAAAGAUGACUGACUAUCAUGCAACGAUUUUAUUUUUAUUUAUUAUUAAAAAAAUGUGGAUCGACCUUUAUUUGGCUACAAGUAAAUUAUUUUUAUUGGCUAGUUUGUAGUGGGUACUUAUUUAAGAAAUAAAUUUAACACUGCCUGGUUAAAAAUGUUGCAUUUAUAAAUCGUUAUUAAAAUAAUCUUUCGGUUUAAAAUUUUAUUUAGUUUGUUGGAAAUUCAAUAUGUCCUGAUAGAUCGUAAAUUGACAUUGAGCGUUGCUACUGUUACUGUCACAUGAAUUUAUAAUUUAAAAGAAAGCUUUUCAAUCAAUGAUUUUUUAUAGUAUAGAUUUGUUACAAGCGCUCGCGUUGUGAAGACUCAAAUACCACCCAAUUAGGACGUUUGGUAGUUAGUAAUGAACUAGUAAACAUUUGAAGCGCAAUGACUAAAACAAUAACUAUCUCUUUCAUUUGCGUGCUUUUACGCAUCUUUUGUUUUACUCAUCAGUAAAAGUUGUCAAUGUGUGCAAUUUUCGAUUGCGCGGAACAGAUUGAAAACUGCAAUUACAUGAAGGUAACAUAUCUGUACUAUAAAAAAUCAUUGUUUUCAAUACCUUGUUGUAUUUUAUUUUACAAACUCAUAAAAGUUACAUAACAUUUUGAUUAUUUACUUUCAUAUAAACGUUUGAAGAUUACGUACGACGUAUUGUAUAACAUAUGCAUUCCUGAUUAUAUCCUAAUUAAAUCUUCACUUAUUUGGAUAUUCAGCCUGAAAUUAGGUUAUCUCCCUUAUUGGUAAAUGACUAGACAAAUUGUACCUUAUUCUUUUGUGCUGAAUAAAUUGGCAACUAGACUAAUUUUAAAAUGGCAACAUUUAAAACUGAUCCUAUACUUUUGAAACCAAAAUUAAACAAUUAAAUAUGUCUACCUUAUGACGUCAUUAGUCAAUAAAUAAACUGGGAUUUGUAAGACUUGUUUAUGGUUUUCAAUAAAUUGUUGUUGUUUAUGUUAAUUUUAUUGAAAUAAAAUGGUGAGUGACUUGGGA